GCGCGCGUCAGGCGUCUCUCAAAGUCUGCGAGCUGCAACACUAUAAGAGUAAUUCUUCUGCUCACAGCACCAGUCAGGCACCGAAGACGCAGCUGUUGUCCAUCAGUCGACUCAUUUGCCGAGCAUCACACUGUAUAGUGUAACGGAUGCCAGAAUUUGAAUUACCUGUUGUUUGUGAUUUCGUUGUCUCACAGUUUUCAUACGUUUCGAUCCUAUAUUUACGAUGAAUCAUACCCGUUCGUUGUGCGUUAUCGCUAAAGGUGAACAUUAAAAGGCGACGUGGACUAUGCAUUCUCAAAACGAAGCAAGUUUUUCGGGAGAUAAUCUCUUGCGAAGAAGGAUGGCGAAACGGUUGUAUUUAAAUCGCGGGGGACAUCAGAGGAAAUAAGAGCGCGGGAGAAAAAGACGUUUUCGCGAUGCUCAGCGUGGAUAUGUGCUCACGAGGAAACGGCGGGCACUUCGCAGGUGUCACUCAUUUCGAAUGGCAUACUAACUGAAUGCAACGGCGAGUAAAUGGCACGAGAUUUAACCUGUAUUUAAGGAAUAAUAACAUUUGAACUCGCAGCAUCAUGAAAUCCCUCUUUUACAGUCACUUUUUCAUUCUUCUGCCUUGGAUUUUGAUCGUUAUCAUUAUGAUCGACAUCGACACCAAGAGGACAGUCCGGCGCACCACCAAUUUUUACCUCUCCCGCUUCAGUAAGCCGCAGCGCACCUUCCUACCGACGAUUUACGCGAUCACACCGACGUACCGAAGAGCUGUCCAGAAAGCGGAGCUCACGCGCCUGUCAAACACGUUCCGCCUGGUGCCCAGUUUCCACUGGAUAGUGGUAGAGGAUUCGAACGCACGCACGGAGCUGGUGUCGCGCUUUCUGGCGCGCUCGGGACUGCAGUACACUCACCUGUACGUCCCCACGCCCCGCAGGUAUAAGCGACCAGGGAUGCCCCGGGCAACUGAGCAGAGAAACGCGGCUUUGGGCUGGCUCCGGACGCAUCGCUCGCCCAAGGAUUCCGGAGUCGUGUUCUUUGCUGAUGAUGACAACACAUAUAGUGUGGAACUGUUCGACGAGAUGCGGACGACUCAGCGCGUGUCCGUGUGGCCCGUCGGGCUGGUGGGAGGCCGCCGGUACGAGCGCCCCCUGGUGGACAAGGGCAGAGUGGUGGGCUGGUACACGGGCUGGAAGGCCAACCGGCCCUUCCCCAUCGAUAUGGCAGGCUUCGCGGUGAACCUGCAGGUGGUCCUGCGGAGCCCCAGGGGCCUGUUCAAGCGGCUGGGCUCCAAACCCGGCAUGCAGGAGUCCGACUUCCUCAAGCAGAUCACCCGCGUGGACGAGCUGGAGCCCAGGGCCGCCAACUGCACCCAGGUCCUGGUGUGGCACACGCGCACGGAGAAGGUGAACCUGGGGAACGAGCGGUGGAAGGACGCCGUGCAGAUCGAGGUGUGAGACGCGGUCCAGGCCCGGGUGAAAUGGGGUCCAGGCCCGGUGUGAGACGGGGUCCAGGCCCGGGUGAAAUGGGGUCCAGGCCCGAGUUUCCUGCGCUGACAUCCCCCCCCCCCCCAACCCCCACAACCCCCGCAGGGGUGACUGAACUUCACUACUCUCUCCAUUUCUAUGGCGGCCAGAUCCUGAGACGGACAGAUCUCAUACUCACACACACGCUGGAUAAACAGAGCGGUCCUGACCAUCAUCCCUGAGACAGAACACCUUACGUUCCGUUAGGAACUGGGGAACCGUGAGGGAAAACGGAAUUCCUGAUUUCGGCAGGCUGAGUGCAGGCAAGCCGGGCAGGUUACCGCGGCGCCAUUCGGAUCGCCACGGUGGGCUGUAACCAUGCAAAACCAACCGAAGGAGUCCAGUCAGCGGCGCCAUCUUCAAACAAACAGUCAGCUGGAAACAGGAAACCAAACAAACAAACAAACAAACGCUUCCGAGGCACUGAGACAAAACGGGACCACAAGCGGUUUCAUGGCUAUUCACUGUUUUAAUGCACAGAAAUGACAUGUUUUCCUCUGUACUAGGCACCAGAAAUGUAAACACGUUACAGAAAUAAAACCUGGAAGAUGA